UCGUCGGAAUCUUUUUUUUACUUGGUGCUUAGUCUUAGGGUGUAAAAAAUUAUAUGGUAUAUGUAUUCUGUGACCCUUAAUUAACACGUGCAAAUUGCAAUUUGCAAAUCUAAUUAUCAGCAGUGAUCCUUCUGUGAACUUUAGUUCCAAAGACUUUGUUUUAAUAAAAAUGAACCAUAAUUUUUAUAAAAUGUUGGAGUUGGAAGCUAGAGAAUUCGGAUCAUGUUAUCCUCCACUUUGUAUGGACAUGUGCCCCAAGGAAGAGAUUACUGCGCGAACAGCACAAGGACAAGUCCAUCUACUUGAGGUAACACCAAAAGGCAAGAAGAUGGUGAAGUGCCACGCCUGGACAGUAGCUUGUCCCACCGACCAGCCAAGGCAGUUGAGGCCUUUCAGGAUACUCUAUGAAACACUACACCAUUUGUUAUUGGAAGUACCAAAAAGACUUGACACAGAUUUCAAUCUUCAAAUGUGGGACAGUAGUAUUGUACCACACCGCAGAAAACUGCCAAUUAUGUAUGACUUCCUGGACGACCGUCUGACAGCAAUGAGACAUGACAUGAUGAAACAGAGGAUUCCAACGGAGAAGUUAGUCUUGUUGCUUGAACCUAUGAUAAGGUUCUAUCUCUGUUUUGGUUACCGUUUAUGUACACGUCCACGAGACGAAUUUGAUCUGGAGCAAAACAAGAAAGUGUUUACAGAUUGCUUACAAUGGUGCCUUAAUUGCUGUGAUGUUCAGUACAAAAAAGACACCGGGCAUAUGGAACCAGCAAUAAAAAAACACAAUUCCAAGCAAGAACUGAAAUUUGAUGUACAGCUGAUUGAAAGUCUAAAUAUAAUAUUUAAUUUAGGCGAUAAUGCACCCUUGCAUAGAUAUAUGAGACUACCUGAAUUCGUACGAAAGUCGACCCCUGUGAAACUAGCGUACGACAUAGCGAUGGCAAACAUAAUGGGCAACUUUGUAAGAGUGAUAGAACUGGGCAAAAAAUUAUGCCCGCUCACCUUCUACGCACUGAUCUGGCAACUGCCGAAGAUUCAAAGGCGAGGUCUAAAAGAUCUGAGCCACGGAUUCAGCCAACAUGAGGCCAUCUCCGGGCUAAAAGUGCAGGACUGGCUGUACUUCGGUAACUACGAGGAUGUGAAGAGGACUUGUGCGUUCUAUGGGCUACAGUUGUACCAGAAGUGCGGGGUUAUCUUCAACGAGAAAAGAUUCAAUGAAGAUGUACAGGAUGCGCCAUUCUAUUAUUUCCCAACACAGAUAGAUACAUUACCUGUGAAAAUGGUCUUAACAUACCAAGCUAGUUUUAAAGGAUACGAUAAGGUAGAAUACGAAUGGAUACGAUACAGUGAUGUCUAUAGUAUUAUAGAAUAGAAUUUGUUGUCUGCCUGUUUGUCUGUCUGCUGUCGUAUCUGUCACAGAUUGGCCCUGAUAACUUAAUGUAGACUUUUUGUUACGAGUUUACUUUUACGAUAAAAAAUUGAGAGGUUUAGUUAAAAAAAAAUCGGCUAAUUACGAAACCCGCUAAGGAAAUCAAAACAUAGGAAACUUCCCUUUAAGGGCGCGCUUUCAUUUAAACCAAAAAGGCGAGUUUUCGAGCUCCAAAUUAACCAUCAUAGGAAAGACUUCCACAUAAUUGAAUAGGUACAUGUUUAAAAUAAAUCACUCUUUCGUAUUGACAGUUAAUGUAACAUUUUUGCGAUAACUAUUUAUUUAUUUUGUAGUGAUCAAUCUCCCGCGCUUAGUUUUAUAAUAAUAAAAACAGUAACAGACCCAACUUUGAAGCCCUAAAUCUGUCCUUAUAAAUCAUCUGAUUUACUGGAAAAAAAUAUUUAAAUAUUAGAAAUAUAGUCCUAUUGACACAUAAUGAACUAAAAUAUGGAUUUUUGAUCACAUUAAUGAGUAAAAAAAAAUAACUGUUGCCAAGUUGCCAAAAAAUUAUAUGGCUAGUUUAACACGAUUUUUUGUAUUGAAUAAAGCAUAACUUCAUUCAAAAAUUUAUGUGAA